AUGGCCACACAACAAGAGAAAAAGAGGGAGCGCCCUAGUGCGCUACGUUCCAUUAUCGCUGGAUCUACUGCUGGAGCUGUAGAAAUAGCUAUAACAUACCCAGCCGAGUUCGCAAAGACAAGAACACAAUUGAAUCGCAGAUUAGCAGACUCCGCGAAGCUCCCAUGGCCGCCGUUUGGGAAAGCAUGGUAUGCAGGAUGUACAACGCUUAUUAUUGGAAACUCGUUGAAAGCCGGAAUCCGGUUCGUGGCGUUUGAUCAAUACAAGUCGAUGUUACAGGAUGAGAAUGGGAAUAUAUCUGGACCUAGAACUGUCAUUGCGGGGUUUGGAGCUGGAUUUACGGAGUCUUUGCUCGCUGUCACACCCUUUGAGAGUAUCAAGACUACAUUAAUUGAUGAUCGGAAAAGCGCGAACCCACGAUUGCGAGGGUUUCUUCAUGCCGUACCCAUAAUAGCACGAGAACGAGGAAUUCGGGGAUUCUUCCAAGGCUUCGUUCCCACAACUGCUCGACAAGCUGCAAAUAGCGCCGUUCGAUUCGGAUCAUAUACAUUCCUUCGUCAAUUGGCACAAUCAUAUACAGCCCCAGGAGAAAAGUUGGGAGCUAUAUCCACGUUUGGAAUUGGUGGUAUUGCUGGACUUAUUACCGUCUACGUCACACAACCCCUCGAUACGGUUAAGACGAGAAUGCAAAGUAUUGAGGCAAGAAGUCUAUACAAAAACAGUUUCGCUUGUGCUGCUCUGAUUGCAAAGAAUGAGGGGAUCUUGACUUUCUGGAGUGGGGCACUUCCUAGAUUGGUUCGGUUGAUGCUGAGUGGAGGUAUCGUCUUUACAAUGUACGAGAAGAGUAUUGAUCUUAUGGAUAGGCUGGAUCCGGAAAAGAGGUACAUAUAA